AUGGCAUCGAUUUGCCUCUCAAUAUGCUCGACUUCUAUACCCCUAGCGGCGCCACCUAAACCUGCAAGGAGAACCACCGCUUCAGCGUCUUCUGCUUGCUCGCAGAGCCAAAUUUGUCGAUGCUUUCUCCCUCUCACGUCCACUUCUGCUUCUGGACGAUUGAGUUGUACUCGGAGCAGGAAACAAAGGAAGCAGAUGCAGGUUGUUUGUAUGGCACCUGACGAAGAGAAACUGACUCGCCGCAGUCCUCUCGAUUUCCCUAUCGUUCAGCCAACAAACCCAGUUGUUCAACUUUUUAAGCUUCCAUACUUUAUACACACCAUAAUUAGAGAUGAAAAUCUGAUUCCUGAAGUUGGAGUUUUGCAACCUGAUGUCCACCUAGCUUGUGGUGCAUCAAAGGCUGCAGAAUGGGAAAGGCCCAAGCCGGGGCGUAGACCUGAUAUAUUCCCACAGUUUAGCCCUAUGAAGACACCGAUACCACCCCCAUUGCCAUAUGAUCCUCCUGAAGAAGAUGAAGAAGAAGAAGAAGAGAAAAAGAAAGAAGAGGAGGAGGAAGAUCCCGAAAAGGAAGAAGAACCAGAUAAGCCUGAGAAACAAUCCAUUGAAAAUGCUUGA